CGGAUGUAUUAACCGCCAGCAAGUAGUAUAGUGUUCGGCAUUGGUAAAUGUUUAUAUUGUUGAAAUUGCUGACUUGAAAAGAAGAAAUAACCUCUUUUUCUGAGUUAUUGGUGUAUUUUUCUUCAGAAAUAGUUCGUGUGCUCGUUUCUUUCGUCGACAAAUUCAAAAUGUUAUAUUUUUCGCCCCAGCGCGAUGUGUAGGCGUUCGUGUUCGUAGAAACAAUAUGAUGCAGUGUAACAUUUAAGGUAUUUCUGGUUGUUAUUGAGAUAAAUGACAACGUUUUCUCUGUUAACUCCCAAGGUUGAAUGUUUUAUUAUAUAGCGAAAUUAUGUAGUGUUCAUGAAACAAAUCCUAUUCGAGCAGGAAGUGUGUUGCAAUAGUUCAAUGUCGUGCUGAAUGUGUUUUGGAGGUCGUUUUGCAUUACUACCAUUACAUUAUAAUGUGCUGUUGAAAUGCAACAUUGUAAGCCUCAAUUUUGCAAUGUGAUGACUAUCUUUAUAAAAACAUACAUAUCGUGUGGUUAUCCAGAUUUCUAAUCUGAAUGUAAAUGGCUGAAAACUAUGACUAAGUACUUCGUUGUUAGGCAUAUCAAAUACAUUUUCACCAAUCAAAAUGGAAGUAGCUCAGACACAAUCACCUGCCUUACCAGGCCCAAAUGUGUCAGGAUCACCAAUUCUCUCUCCGAUGAAUAAUGUGACGUCACCUCUUUCUCCACCUAUUCAGCCAUAUCAAAACGGUGUUACACCUAAUACUGCAAACAACAUAAAUGGUGUUACUAAUAAUGGAAGUUUUAGUACUUCAAACUCGUCUGCUCCACCACAAGCCACAAAGGCUUUGGAAGCACUACAGAAAGCUAUCAAAACCAUGGAGGAGAAAGGCAUGCAAAAUGAUUCACGAUAUCACCAAUUGCUAGUCCUACAAGCUCAGAGUCAAGCUGUGAAAACACAACCUGUUCCAGAUCAGGAAGUAAACAAGAACAUGUUGAAUGGUCCGCAAAUGCAGCAACUCAGGAUGCAGAUAAUGGCAUACAGAGUGCUGGCAAGAAAUCAGCCACUUUCUAAUCAGUUAAUGCUAGCAGUACAAGGACAAACAUCAUCUGACACUCCUGGAAAUACUUGUUCUAAUGGAACCGAUAUAGCUGCCGCUGCUGCAUCAGGACCAGCGUUGCAAGUGGUUGGAGUACGCGCAGCUGGGUCUGCACCAGCAGCUGUGGCCAUUAUAUCUGCUGGUACUCCAUCAGCCGCUACCCCUGUUGCUUCUGGUAGCUCAUCUGGGAGUGGAGUGGGCCAAAGACAAGUGGCACCAGGUUCAGUGCCAGCUACAUUGCCCCAGCAGAAGCAGAAUUUGGUUACUCCAUUGAUGAAACCAGCUGGACUUGAUCCACUGAUUAUUCUUCAAGAACGUGAAAAUAGACUUGCUGCUCGAAUUACACAUAGAAUUGAUGAAUUGGCCAGUUUACCUACCACUAUGUCAGAGGACCUGAGAAUGAAAGCUGAAAUUGAGUUGAGAGCCCUUCGAUUGUUAAAUUUUCAGAGACAAUUGAGAGUUGAGGUUGUAGCUUGCACAAGGCGAGAUUCAAUGUUGGAAACUGCAUCUGUUUUGAAGAAUUGCAAGCGAACAAAGCGUCAAGGUUUACGUGAAGCUCGUGCAACUGAGAAGUUGGAAAAGCAACAGAAAUUAGAAGCUGAAAGGAAACGAAGACAGAAACAUCAGGAAUAUUUGAAUGCUGUUCUGCAACAUGCUAAAGACUUGAAAGAAUAUCAUCGAAACAAUGUUGCCAAAAUCCAACGUCUGAAUAGGGCUGUUCUUAACCAUCAUGCGAAUGCAGAACGUGAACAGAAGAAAGAACAGGAGAGAAUUGAAAAGGAAAGAAUGAGAAGACUUAUGGCUGAAGAUGAAGAAGGCUACAGAAAAUUAAUUGAUCAGAAGAAAGACAAGAGAUUAUCAUUCCUCCUUACUCAAACUGAUGAGUACAUUGCUAAACUAACUGAAAUGGUUAAACAACAUAAAAUUGAGCAAUACAAAAAACAAUAUCAACAAAAAGAAAGGAAGAAGAAUAAGAAGAAAUUGAAAAAGAAGAAAAAGAAGAAGAAGAACAAGCGAGUAAUGGAGAGUGAAAUGAUUGAUGAGCUAAAUGAUGAGAGCUCCCAGAUGUCAGAUGUUCGAACUACUGUUAUGGAGACUGCUACAGGAAAAAUUUUAUCAGGAGAAGAUGCUCCAAUGGCUAGUCAGUUACAGUCAUGGUUAGAAGUUCAUCCUGGAUGGGAACCUACAAUGCAUGAAGAUGAGGAGGAAGAUGAUGAAGAUGAUGAUGAUGAAGAUUAUUCUGAGGAUUACAGUGAUGAUUAUGAAGAUGAAAUGCCCGUGCCUGAAGUUCCUCUCAUUGAUGAAAAACUGUCGGAUGAAGAAAAAGCCAAAGCAAUCAUUGAACAGGCGAAAGCUGAAGAUGAUGAAUACAAGAAUUAUUCUGAGGAACAGACCUACUAUAGUAUUGCGCACACAAUAACUGAGAAAGUUACUGAACAGGCCACAAUCAUGGUAAACGGAAAACUGAAAGAAUACCAAAUACGGGGUCUUGAAUGGCUGGUUUCCCUUCACAAUAACAAUCUAAAUGGAAUAUUGGCAGAUGAAAUGGGUUUGGGGAAAACUAUCCAGACCAUUGCACUGAUAACAUACUUGAUGGAUAGAAAGAAGGUUAAUGGUCCAUACUUGAUAAUUGUGCCUUUGUCAACAUUAUCCAACUGGGUUUUGGAAUUUGAAAAAUGGGCUCCAUCUGUAGUCGUGGUUGCAUACAAGGGCUCACCAGCAAUGAGGCGUCAAAUUCAAAGUCAAAUGCGUGCAACUAAGUUCAAUGUCCUGUUGACCACAUACGAAUACAUAAUAAAAGAUAAAGGAGUUCUUGCUAAGUUGCGUUGGAAAUACAUGAUAAUUGAUGAAGGGCAUCGAAUGAAGAAUCACCACUGCAAAUUGACUCAAGUUUUGAAUACUCACUAUGUGGCUCCACAUCGUCUCUUAUUGACUGGAACUCCUUUACAAAAUAAGCUUCCAGAAUUGUGGGCUUUACUUAAUUUCCUCUUGCCCUCAAUUUUCAAAUCUGUUAGCACAUUUGAGCAGUGGUUCAAUGCUCCUUUUGCCACAACAGGAGAAAAGGUGGAAUUGAAUGAAGAAGAAACAAUUUUGAUUAUCCGCCGGUUGCAUAAAGUUUUAAGACCAUUUUUGCUGAGACGCUUGAAGAAGGAAGUGGAAUCACAGUUACCUGACAAAGUGGAAUAUAUAAUCAAAUGUGAUAUGUCAGGUUUACAAAGGAUUUUGUACAGUCACAUGCAAAACAAAGGAGUUCUCUUGACAGAUGGAUCCGAAAAGGGAAAACAGGGCAAAGGUGGAACUAAAGCGCUAAUGAAUACAAUCAUGCAACUCCGUAAACUUUGUAAUCACCCUUUCAUGUUUCAACAUAUUGAAAAGGCCUAUUGUGAUCACAUUGGUAUACACAGUAAUGUUGUUAUUGGGCCUGAUCUGUAUAGAGCCUCAGGCAAAUUUGAACUUUUGGAUAGGAUACUUCCUAAAUUGAAAGCUACAAAACAUAGAGUCCUGCUGUUUUGUCAAAUGACCCAAUUAAUGACAAUUAUGGAAGAUUACUUGACCUGGCGUGGCUUUCAUUACCUAAGGCUUGAUGGAACUACUAAAGCUGAAGAUCGAGGAGAACUUCUCAGAAAAUUUAACAACCCAGAAUCAGAAUAUUUUGUUUUUCUCCUCAGCACUAGAGCCGGAGGUCUAGGUCUUAAUUUGCAGUCUGCUGACACAGUGAUCAUUUUUGAUUCAGAUUGGAAUCCACAUCAGGAUUUACAAGCUCAAGAUCGUGCACAUCGUAUUGGCCAAAAAAAUGAAGUGCGAGUUCUGCGUUUGAUGACUGUGAAUUCUGUUGAAGAACGAAUUCUUGCUGCUGCUCGUUAUAAGCUCAAUAUGGAUGAGAAAGUAAUUCAGGCUGGUAUGUUUGAUCAAAAAUCAACUGGAUCUGAGAGGCAGCAAUUCUUAAAAACCAUUCUUCAUCAAGAUGAAGCAGAUGAUGAGGAAGAAAAUGAAGUUCCUGAUGAUGAGACUGUGAAUCAGAUGAUAGCUCGCUGUGAAGCUGAGUUCGAGCUGUUCCAGCGAAUGGAUGUGGAAAGACGACAUGAGGAAACCAAGCAGGGUAGGCCACGACUUAUGGGUGAAGGGGAACUGCCACAUUGGUUAUGCAAGGAACAUGAAGAGGGCUCAGCAAAGUGGGCAGGAGAACCAGAAGAAGAAGAAGAGCGAUACUAUGGGCGUGGUUCACGUCAGAGGAAGGAAGUUGACUAUUCUGAUAGUCUUACUGAGAAGGAAUGGCUUAAGGCUAUAGAAGAGGGAGAAGAAGAGGAGGAGGAAGAAACACCCAAGUCCCGCAAAAAGUUGAGAAAAAGGAAGAAGAAAGAUGAUUUGGAGGCUUCUACAUCUGGUGAAAGCAGUCAUCAUAAGAAACGCAGAGGCAGGCCUCCGGGAGACAAAUUUGAUAUACCUGUUGAUAGCAAACUUAAAAAGUACAUGAAGAAAUUAAUAUCUACAGUAGUGAAAUAUGUAGAUCGGGAUGGGCGUAUGAUAAGUGAGGUGUUUAUGAAGUUGCCAUCUCGAAAAGAAUUACCUCAUUAUUACGAAGUAAUAAAAAGGCCAAUUGACAUUAAAAAGAUUUUACUUAAAUUGGAGGAUAACAAGUACGGAUCCUUUGAUGAUUUGGAAAGAGACUUUAUCCAGAUGUGUAAAAAUGCUCAGAAAUACAAUAAAGAAGGCUCUUCUAUUCAUGAAGAUUCCAUUGUCCUUGAAAGAGUGUUUCUUGAUGCUCGAGCACGUUUAGAAAAAGACACUGCAGAAGCAGCCGCAGCUGCCGUGGUAGCUGCUGUGGCCCCACCUGUUGCUCCUGUUGCGGAUGAUGAGCCAGAAAUUAUUGAGGAUGAUGAUGACUUUUACAUAGAAGAAAACUCUGAAUAUGCAACAGUACCAUAAUAGCACUCACAUCAUUUUAUAUUAUACCUUAUGGUACCUGUGAACUGUUGCACAUUAUUUUCCAAAUUUUAAGACCAUAUAAUGAUAAUAUUUUAUUAUGUUGUAAAAUUGAUAUGGAAAUGCUAUCAGUCAAAGCUAGUUUUUUAAUCAAAUUUAAUUUAGAAAUAUUUGAAAGUAAUUAUUUCAAUGCGAGUGCAGCACUUUCAUAAUUUAAGAGAAAGAUAUUCUGGAAAUUCUUCAGAGAAAACAAAAUAAUGUUAUUAUUUUGAAUGACAUAUAUUUUGAUAAUAAUAGACUGCUGGACUAGUGUAAACAAGUACAAAAUUUGUACAUCUUGUAAAUUUAAUGUAGAUACACACAUCAGAAUCUAUGUACAAAAGAACUUUCCUCCGAAAUAUUUUAAUGUCAGUGGUAGAUUCAAUGUUCCUGAUUAAUUGUGUGUUUUUCUGUCAUUGGAAAUAACACACUAUAAUGUAUUUAUGAUUUGUGUGCAUUGUAAAAUUUUCUCUUCUAUUUUUGCUUUCUUUAAAAGAAAUAUAUUUUUUCAUUAUGAAUUGUCAAAAAGAGACAUUGAAUUACUGUCACUGAUGCAGGUUGAAUGUAAUGUGCAUAGUAAAUAAUAUAAAUAUAUUUAGUACAUGUGCAGUAAAUAUUUGCAGAACAUUACAAUAUUCUACCUUUUUUGCAAAUAAUAUGGCACUCAAAAUGUGUUCUAUGUUAUCUUUUCUAUGGUUAUUUGUUGUUUCUUUGCUGGGUGGAUAUUUAUGAUUUAUUUUUGUUUCCAGGUUUAUAUUGCAAAUAGAUUACAAAAAGACAAUUUUUUCAUCAAAAUGAUACUCUGUGCCCAUGUUAAAUGCAUGGCCUUCAUUGUAUACAAGACAUUCCAAAAUGUUGUGUAGAAAUGUAGAUCAUGUUUCCAGUUGAACUUGUGAAGUAGAAAGGCUGUUUUUAGUAUGUUAUUUCACUUUUAAAGUACACAAUUUUUAUACAUCAUUAAUUACUGUAUUGAUUUAAGUGCAGCACGUUUUUGUAAUGUACAUUAUCAGAAUUAAAGGUACUUGACAAGAAAUAAGAAUAUAAUAUGUAACGUAGCUACAUUUUGAGUAUUGUUUUGUUUCUUGCAAUAAAGUUCCUUAAGUGAUAUUGUUUGAUUUUUUUUAUUCUGUUUUCCUCCUGAUGUUAAAUUUUGCAAGAGACACUAAAUGUACACAAUACUAUACCAUGAAAUUUAAAUUUCAAACUCUAAAAAAAAUUAAUUUUUCUGUAAAUAAUCUCUUUUCACUUUCUCGCAUACUACUUACAUAGUAUGGUUAAUGUAAUAUAACAAUGCAGCAUAAAACUGCAAAUUUUUUUACUGAAGAGCUUGUAUUGUGAGACUUUUAUACAAAAAAAAGUGGAUAUCUUAAUCCUAUAUGUAGUAAAUUACUUCCAUUGACGUGUCGUGAAGUUGGAAUCUACAUGUGAGGCCCUUGAUACCAAAAAUAUUGACUCGUGACAAAACGUCUGUCUGUCCAUCUCUGGUUAUGUUAGCGCUUCAACCGUUCAGAUGAUUUUCUCCAAAAUUGAUAUUACUCCAAUGAUCUGGCUAAACUCUGAGAUCUUGAGAAUUUGAAAUGGAUGUUAGAUUUUGGGAGCUACUUUAUGCAAAGCCAUAACGGUUCCAAAAUUUUCCCUAAUCUGGCUUCAAAUUUUUGAUUAAUUGUUUUCCUUGGAUAGAGUGAAGGACACUUGAUAAAUUGGCACAGGUAUCAUAUUUGAUGAAGUCUGAAUUUUCGAAUGAAGGGAGAUUUUUUUUUGUUAAUGAAAUCUGUUCAAAUAGAUAAUCAAAAAUAUCGUGUACAUUUUUGCAAAAAUAUGAGCAGGUUUUGCUUGAAAUACAGGAAGCUUUUUAACAAAUAUUUUCUCAAGAACUGCUCCUUUUUUAGGUACCAUUUUCAGCUAGCUCUGU